CCCUCAAAACCACACUCCUUUUCCCUUUUUACCCUUAUCCAUUUCUCUUAUUUUUAUAUUCCUUUUCUUUUUUUUUUUUUACUUCAAUAUUCCGUAUAUAUACCACUCAUUGUGGGCUCAAAAUUUCCUCCUCUAAACGACUGCCAAAACAGAGACACCACCUUCCUCCUCCUCUUCUUUUCAAUUUUCUAAAUUCUCAAUCAAAUUUCAAUCCAUGGAUUACUCUGUAUUCUUCUCCCCGGUUUCCGAUUUCUCAUCCGAAUCAUCCUUCGGUUCACCCGAAUCCUCCUUCACCAAUUUGGAUCACAAUUUUCUCCCUUUCAAUGAAAAUGACUCAGAGGAAAUGCUUCUUUAUGGCCUAAUCUCCGAGGGGACAUACGAAUCCUCCGAUACCAGUAUCGGAACCGUGCAAGUGAAGGAAGAGGAAGUCGAUUCCAUCGGAGAAGAAAGCCCAAAGAAAGAGAGGGCUUAUAGAGGAGUUCGCCGCCGUCCAUGGGGGAAAUUUGCGGCGGAGAUUAGAGAUUCCACUAGACAUGGUAUAAGGGUAUGGUUGGGAACUUUCGAUAGUGCCGAAGCCGCCGCUUUGGCUUACGAUCAAGCUGCCUUUUCGAUGAGGGGUGCUGCCGCAAUUCUCAAUUUUCCUGUCGACAGAGUUAGAGAGUCUCUCAAAGAGAUGAACGGCGGCAGUGGCGGCAGCGGUAAUAGUUUAGCCGAAGACGGUGGCUCUCCGGUGGUGGCGUUAAAAAGAAAACACUCAAUUAGAAGGAAAGCCAUAAGUAAAAAGAGCAAAGAGAGGGAUGUGAGGAUUCAAAAUGUGGUGGUUUUGGAAGAUUUAGGGGCAGAGUAUUUGGAAGAACUUUUGGGAUCUUCUCAAAGUGAUAACCCUUCUUGUUCUUUCUAAAAUCAAAAUUAUUAUUAUUAUUAUUAUUUUUUCUCUUUUUUAUUUCAUCUCAUUUGGGGAUCUCUUAAUUCUCUGUUAAUAUUUGUUUUUGUUGUCCCCUUCCUCUCUGUUUUCACCAAACAAGAAGAAAGAUGAAGCUUCAAGUUGUAAAAGCUUAGAGAAAAUGAUCAUAUUGUUUAAAAAUUUUGAUCAUAUUCAUAAUCUUUUUUUUUUUUUCUU